AUGCAGGCACGCCUCUUGCUGUCUCUAUGGCUCCUUGUCAGCCUUGGCAGUUGCUCCGGGGCCACCGAUUACUUCUCGUCCAUUACAGGCCUGGAGCAACUGCUGCAAACUGAACAGAUUUUAAUGCGGGACUUAAGCACACACCUGAGCAAAUCGAAGGCCAGGCUUCAACAGCUAGAAAGUGAACUAUCGGCCAUAGAGUUGGAGCAUGAAUUGGCCGGCAAAGGUAUGGAAAACUAUCUGACAAAUCCGGUGAAUGUGUAUCGACUGAUGAAGCGCCUUCGUACGGACUGGACCGAGCUGGAGGCGCGGGUGCAACAAAUGAGCAGUAGAAUGCCAUUUUCGAUUGCACAGCACCACCACACGCUGAGCUUCCCCAGCCAGGAGGACGUGGAUGGUGCCGCCUUGGCGCUCGUCCGCCUACAGAGCACCUACAAGUUGGACGUCGCACAAGUGGCUGCGGGCAUAUUGAAUGGAAUUAAAUAUGGCACUGCCAUGAGCUGGCAGGAUUGCUUCGUGUUGGGUCAACAACUCUUUGAAAUGGAGGACUAUAACAAUACCAAAGUGUGGCUGCGCGAAUCCAUGGAGCGCUUGCGGCAACGCCAGCCACAUCACAUCCUGCCUGAGGCUGGCACACUCAAUAGCAUGGAGCUGGUGGCAAAGACUUUGUUCCAAAUGGGGGACUUCGACACGGCAUACGAGCUCAGUCAACGUGUGCUGGAGUUUGAUCCGAAGCGGAUACGAAACUGGCACUUGGGCGAUAAGGCGGCUCAGCCAACACCCACCAGAGUUGAUGAGGACGAUGACUGGGCGGAAAAUGUGUGGGGGGGACACCUGCCCAAGCAUUCAGAUCCCUACAGUUUGACGGAAGAGUUCGCCCACUAUGAGAAGGUUUGUCGUGGCGAGGUCGGCCCCUCAGCCGCCCAGGAGCGUCCACUUCGUUGUCGUUACGCACGGGGGCACAAUACCUUUCGGCUGCUGGCGCCUUUCAAGAUUGAGGAGCAUAGCCUGGAUCCGUAUGUGGUCACCUACCAUGACAUGCUGAGUGUGGAGAAAAUAGUAGAGUUGAAGCAAAUGGCCGUGCCGCGCAUGCAACGCUCCACCGUUAACCCGCUGCCCGGCGGUCAGCUGAAAAAGUCCGCUUUCCGGGUCAGCAAAAACGCCUGGCUGGCCUACAAUACGCAUCCAACAAUGCUGGGCAUGCUCCAGGACUUGCACGACGCCUCUGGCCUGGACAUGACCUAUUGCGAGCAGUUGCAAGUGGCAAACUAUGGCGUCGGUGGACACUACGAGCCGCACUGGGACUUCUUUCGGGAUGAGAGCCAUUAUCCGGCCGAGGAGGGAAAUCGCAUAGCCACAGCCAUAUUUUAUUUGUCUGAUGUGGAGCAGGGCGGUGCCACAGCUUUUCCAUUCCUCAACUUUGCGGUGAAGCCCCAGCUGGGCAAUGUACUCUUCUGGUAUAAUCUGCAUCGAUCGUCAGACAUGGAUUACCGCACCAAACAUGCCGGUUGUCCGGUGCUCAAGGGCAGCAAAUGGAUUGGCAACGUUUGGAUUCAUGAGGCCACACAGACCUUUGCACGUCCCUGUGAUGUCUAUCGGGAUCAUGAAAUUUCUUUGGACUAUGAAGCGAUAAAAUAA